GAUGUUUCUUCCCUGAAUUGUACUUGCGUUGAACAACCACGCGGAAUCCUCCUUAUCGACCAUUUUGGAAUAUCUGUUACAUUUAAUAUCGAUAAUCGAUUAUCGAAAAUUUGUCAUUGAACGAAAAUUUUCAACCAGUUUGACAACCAGACGCCAUAAGACAAUAGAUCCAAUAAAGGGUGAUUUCAUUAUUGCUUCGAUUAUUGACAUAACUAUAUUAUUAUUGUCUUUAAUUGUAACGAGAAAGCAGAGUCAAAGGGUGUCUACGUCUGAAAGGGGUAUAAUAUGGAUUUUUUAAUGCGACGUGUUAAUCGAAUAAGACGAAUUAUUCACGGUAACUGAUAAUACGUGUAAACUGCUUACGAGACAUGUCUACGAACCACGUGUCAGACAAUACAGACGAAAUACGGUCACGGUGCUUUACGAUAUAGGAAGACGAAAUCUGACCAUAGCAAAAAUAUCUGAUGCAAUUUGACCACGGUCUCUUCGAGGCGCACAUUUUAUCACGAUUCUGCAAAGUUGCGUUACUACGAAAACACGCACAUUAAAUUCUCCACGAUCAUCUAGUGCCGCCUCUAUUAAAGAAUGUUCGCCCAAUGGUGUUCAGCAACCGGUCACUUAAGGUAGAAUCGAGACUACGUCAUACGUUUAACAAGUUUCAAAAGACUAUUUAUCAUAUAUACUGAAUUUCAUAACUUGGAGGAUUUUAGAAACUUAUAAAAACAUGACCAUAAGGAAAUGAGAAAUAUGUACGAAUAUAAAUAAGGAUAACAUUGCAUAUUAUAAACCGAAUUUAUAAUAUCAAUUUAUAAAGCCUGAAAGUGAAGCCGUUCCCGGGAAGGAUACCCGUUUUACGAGCCAUUUUGAAAUGGACCAAUCGACUUGGCCUCGAGAAACGUAGCCCUAAUUUUGUAUCCUUCAAAAGCGUGAAAAAAAACAUUUCUGGCGGAUCACAUUGUUCUAAAGGCCUUGACCGUACUGCACCAGAAAAUUUCUUUUUUCUCUUAUAGAAGUAAUUAGGCAUUGAAAUUCCGUCGCGUAAAAGAGAAUCCUUCUUAUAUUUCUAUCAUAUUUUCAGCAGCAGAAAAAAAAACGAAUGUGUAGGCAUGACACUGCUUAAACGAACGCAAAUACACGUUGAGUAAGAAGCAAGGUAUUACACAUUCGUUUGUGGAAUUGCAUAGAAAAAUCGUGCAGUUAAUGAAUGGAGGAACACGUGACAUGGAUCGAUCGGAUAUCGCAUCGAUUUAGCCUCUGUAGAGCCCAUAGCAGCCCACGUGUUCAGUUAAAACUGCUAAGACGACACCGUGCAUUCGCACAUUACUGCAGUGUGAUUAAAAUACCAAAAUUAAAAUAUAGUUCCAAAGUUUUCGUCAUUGACAAUAAGCAGAGGCAUAUUUAAAUGUAAAAAGGCGAUUAAACAGUGGCAAAUAUAAUAAAUAAUUUAUAAAAUGAAAAGUACAAGAUUGAACGUCCUAAUUGAACGAAUUCGGAAGGGAAGAAAAUAUAGGCGAACCGAUGUAACGGGGAUUCACAGGAGGGGAUACGUGAAAAGAAGGAAACGUUGGCAAUUAUUAUCAGAACGUGGCGAAAAAAGAUGUUCGCGGGGAACAGUGCCGUAGAGCUCGAGGGGGAACAGCUGGUGCAUAGGGAUUGAUAUUGAUUCGAAGCACGCGGAGCCGGUUGCCGGGCAGUCACGGGCCAAACGUACGUCGAACAAGAGGCCGGACUCAAAUGCCUCCCGAGUGCGAGGAAAUCGAGGACCUCAGUGUGCCGGAGAAGAUUUCCUGCAUCGACGGCAGGAUCAAGGAUCCUUUGCGAUUCGUAACACCGGUCACGCUAUGCGGUCGACGAGCGAUGGUAAAUAAACUUUGGUGCCAGGAGAUAAGCAGGAAGUGGUUUCAUAAGAAGGAGACACCACCGCAUCCACGAACUCUCACCGAACCAAGAUGUCAGAACCACGUAGCCACUUGGUACCUACUUUAUCGUUGGUUAAUCUUUAUGGCUUGGGCUGGUAUCGUUGUGUGUUCGAUAUUCGAAUUCGGUAGUUUCAAUCCUAUGCCUGUGUACGAUAAAUGGCCAAUUUACUUGACCAACUGGGAUUUAGUGUUGGGCCUGUGUCAGGCGUUACUUGGCGGUUUUCUCGUUUCAAGAAGAUGGAAGCUGCAGAAAAUAACGGAGUUCGAUCCUUCUAUGUUGAUAUUAGGAUUAACGGACAGGGUUUAUUGGUUCCUUUACGUUGUUACUACCAACGUUGCAAUCUGUGUUACGAUUUCCUAUUGGUGUAGCGUAUACGAUCCAAAGAUUCAUCAUUUAGAUCCUUUGAAUAUCAUGCUACAUAUUUGCAAUAGUAUUCUAAUGAUCAUAGACUUUUGUGUCACGAGUAUUCCAUUUAGACUAAGGAAUUUCUGGUGGUGUUUAACUAUAGUAUUUUUUUACGUUAUUUUUUCAAUAAUAUAUUAUUUAGCCGGUGGAUUAGACAAAAAUGGUUAUCAUUAUAUUUACAAAAUUCUUGACUGGAAAAAACCAGUACAAUCUUCCUUGGUAUGCUUAGGUCAGGCGGUUUUUAUAACGAUAUUAUAUUCUAUACUAUGCCUUUUAGAAAAGUUAAAAAAUCGGUUAUAUCUUCGGAUUGGUAAAAAAGUAGAACAAAUGGAAACACCGAUUUCUAACAUAGAGAAACAUGCCGAUAUUGUUUAAAAUUUAACAGCGUUAAAACAUUUUUUAUAAUACGUAUUUUGAAGGUAAUCUGAACUACCGUUUGUGCUGGUCUAAAUUGUAGUUUGAAGCAUAAAUAGUGCGCCUAUGAGGGCAAGAAUUAGAACCCCAUUUCAAGCUCACUCAACGAAAUCUAUCGCACUGACAAUAUUAAUAUAAGACUAAUAAGAAUAGUUAUUUGUACGUACGUGUUUGAAGGGUAUAGCAAAAACACGCGAAUAAUUGAAAAUGUACGCUUGCAUCAUUUACAAUUUGGAAAUUUUUUAGUAUUCCUUAAACUAUAUGCACUAUAUGCAGUGAAAAUAUGUAUAAAGUUCGAUAUAAUUAGUAUUACUAAAAUAUUAUUUGUAAAAAUUUGUAUAUUUUAUCGCAUCGAUAUUUCAAGGACAUCAUAUAAGUGUUCAUGCAUAAACGCUAUCACGUUAUAGAAAUUGGAAAAUAAUUUUUAUAAUGAAUAAAGUAAUAGUAACUAUAAAUUUAAUAAAUAA